AUGGGAGAUCUUUCAAGUGUGCAGGCAGUCAUCAAGGUGUGCGCUCACCAGGAGCUUGAUGAAUCACUACCUGCUCGCGAGUAUUUUUUGAGGCUUGGGAACCACCACGCGGACCGUCUGACCAACCUCGGGAGGGAGCAGCACCCCCUAGCGAGCCCAGCAGAAGCGGACGCGAUCUGGAGACAGGUUUCCAUUGCGCGCCUGGUAGCGAAAUUCGCCGCGCGUUUAUUGCCCUUGUGGCCUCGUCUGGACCUUCAGGAUGCCGAAUGGCUGGCCCCUGAACUGGCCUUUUCUGGCCGCCAGGAAGGCCUAGCCCACAACUGGGUCCAGCUCAGGCAGUCUUGGCAGUGUCCUGUUUGCCUGGGAGGCUCGCGGCUCGCUCAGCUUCCAGCCUCCAAGUGCCCAGGUGCCGACGGCUUGCGAGGCCUCAAGGCGGAAGCUUUGUCGCACCUAGGGCACACCAUUGCUGCGUACGAUUGCUCGGAUGGCUCCUUUGUUGCCGUGUGCACUCGUUGCAAGCUGUAUUCGACGGGUGGCAGCGUGCGAGGACUGCGAGAGCGCUGUCCCGCGGAGCUUGUUAAUUUGAAUGAUCAUUCCAUGCGUGGGCGCAGGCACUGUUGGAAUCGUAUUGUCAAGGGUCUCCAUCCCAAGGAGGAUGACAUCACCCUGCAGUAUGUGGACCUGACGGCCGAAGGCACUCUGGACGCCUCCCCUCUCGAACAGGCCGAGAGCCCAGGCAAUUUACGAGCCAGUUUCGCAGGCGAGCUGCAGUGGCCGAUCGGCCACCAGCGGCUUGCAGGCACCAGCGUCUGCAGCUGGAGCUGCGACUGGCGCCUUUUUCUCGUCCCCACAUUGCGCUGCACCCAGUUUAUCGAAAUCUACGGCGGUCAGGCGGAGCAGCUGCUGAGGAGCACCCCCACGGGCAGCAUGGAGAUCAAGGAGCUCUGCAUCAAGUUUGCCAGCAAGUUUGGGGUGAGCCUGACGAGCGUGGCGGGCGUGAGGCCCGCCGACUUCUUCGCGAGGGAGGCGUCGCUGUUCACGAUGCCCCGCCCUGG